AUGGGAAUUGUACCUAGUGCUGAAGAAAGUCAAAAUAUUGAUGAAAAGAUUGAAAGGCCUUCAACAUCAUCAGUACGGCCAAUAGAUUCUGGUUUGAUUGGUCAGCAAUUGGAAUAUUGCGAAGAACAAAGAAUGAAAGCCGAAGAUAUUAUGGAUCAAUACUUUAAUCAAGUUCAAUUUUCGGAACUAACAGAUAAUCCAUUAAUUGGAACAUAUAUUAAAGACUUGAUUACUGAAAUUAUAAAUUUACAAAAUGAUAUAGAAAAAGAAAGCAAACUUCGAUCAGAAGGAAAACCAUCAAAUUCACAAGAAAAUAAUAAUGAUCGCGCUCAAGAGCAUAAAAAGAAUCUCCAAAGUAUAGAACCAUUAACAAAAACUCUCAACAGUCUACUGAAAGAAAGAGAUGAACUUAUAGAAAAGAAUAGAACAUUACAGCAGAUUGUUAAACUAGAAAUUUAA